CAAAAAAAAAAAAAAAAAUACUAAAAACAUACCAGGAAAUACAGAGUAGUUCCUCAAAAAAAAAAAAAAAAAAAAAAAAAAGGAAAUACCGAGUAGAAAUGUAUAAUGUACUGUAUAAUGGGAGCUAUCACUUUUAAGCUGCACUCUCUUCUCCAUUGAAGCGCGUACUCUGAGCUUUCUCUCCUCCAUUGAAGCAGCUUCUGAGGUCAUAGUGAGCCAGGGUUAUGGUGUAAGAUGAGAAAUGUCAAAGUAACCCAAAUUAGAUCUCUAUGCUUCUCAGCUUUGCAUGUGCCGAAAUUCCACUCACCAACAGCUGCCUGUAUUUCAAAUUCAACUUCGGUUUCGCUGUCAACCACUAUUCAACAGUUCAUUAAUUCAGAUUCACCUUCACAUGGCUUAAAGAUUCAUAGCCAUAUUCUUAAAGCUGGUUAUCAACUAAAUAAGAACAUUUCUAUCAAACUACUCAUCCUUCAUUUGAAAUCUGGCUUUAUGAAUUAUGCGAGGCAGUUGCUUGAAGAAAUGCCUGAUCCAUCACUCUCUGCUUAUAAUUAUUUGCUUAAUGCUUAUGUGAAGCAUGGCAAAGUUCUGGAAACUUUUGAUUUGGUUCGUCAGAUGUGCAAUUCUGAUGAAAAGCCUGACAGCUUUACACAUUCAUUGAUACUAAAAGCGUGGGCUUCUGUACCUGUUCCCUUAUUUUUUAUCUGUGACAUAGGAAGACAAGUGCAUGCUCGGAUUCUAAAAUAUGAUGAUGUAGUGGAUGUUGUUCUUCUUGCUACCUUAAUAGAUAUGUAUGUCAAAUCUGAAAGGCUUGGUUAUGCUAGGUGUGUGUUUAACUCAAUGUCAGUGAAGAAUGCCAUUUAUUCUACUUCAUUGAUAUCUGGCUACUUAAGAAGUGGUAACAUGGAGGAUGCUGAGUCGCUGUUUCAAGAGAUAGUUGACAAAGAUGUUGUGGUAUUUAAUGCUAUGAUUGAAGGUUAUAGUAAGUCAACUGAUACAGCAAAGAAAUCGGUUCAAAUUUUCAUUGAUAUGUUGAGACAAGGUUAUUUACCUACAAUUUCCACUUUCGCGAGUCUUAUUGGAGCAUGCUCUCUGUUGGCAUCAGUUGAAAUUGGUCAACAAGUACAGAGUCACCUGGUGAAAACUAAGUAUUUUAUUGACGUGAAAAUUGGGAGUGCUCUAAUAGAUAUGUAUUCAAAAUGUGGAAGAACUGAUGAUGCUCGUCAAGUAUUCGAUUCCAUGCCUGAAAAGAAUAUAUUUUCGUGGACAUCCAUGAUUGAUGGGUAUGGAAAAAAUGGGAAACCCUAUGAAGUGAUUGAAAUGUUCAGCAAAUUGCAAGCAAAGAAUCAAAUAAAACCCAAUUAUGUUACAUUCUUGUGUGCUAUCUCGGCAUGCACAUAUGCUGGGUUUGUAGACAAAGGUUGGGAGAUCUUUGAAAGCAUGGAGAGGGACUAUUCAUUAAAGCCUCGGAUGGAACACUAUGCUUGCAUGGUGGACCUUUUAGGGCGCUCUGGGAAUGUAGAGCAGGCAUGGGAAUUUGUGAUGAGAAUGCCCGAAAAACCUAAUUCAGAUGUUUGGGCUGCUUUGCUCAGCUCAUGUAAAUUGCAUGACAAACUAGAGAUGGCAAGUAUAGCAGCAGAUGAACUUUUUAAUUUGGGUGCUUAUGGAAGGCCAGGUUCAUAUAUUGCCUUAUCUGACUCACUGGCUGCUGCGGGAAAGUGGGACUCUGCAAAUAAAGUUAGGGAACUGAUGAAGCAGAGAGGAGUAUUAAAAGAUACAGGCUUGAGUUGGACAGGAGCAGAUGAUGGUCUGAAACGGUUUCAUGUUGGUCUAAGGUGAAGGUGAAAUGGAUAUUGACAUCAUAUGAAUAGCCUAAUGGUUUUUAAGCUGGCAACAAUCAGCUCACUUGCAUUUGCAUGAUUAUUCAGAUAAUCACCUUUGGGAUUUAUCUGCAUCAGAAUUACUUUUGAAAAGCACAGUCUGCACAGAUAUAUGCAUUUGCUACAACAAAGCUUCCAGUUGAAGGGCUUGCACACACUCCAGAAAAAGCAUCACCUAUUGAUGUAUGCUGUUGGAAAGAAGAAUGGUGUACAGAUAUGCUGGGUUGGUAGACGAAGGUUGGGAGAUAUUUGAAGUCAUGGAGAGGGACUAUACAUUGAAGCUUCAGGUGAAGCACUAUGUUUGUAUGGCUAAUCUUUUGUGCCACUUUGGAAACAUAGCGCUCAUGUGGGAAGUUUAUUAUGAGAAUACCAGAAAAAAACUAUUUCAACUUUUAAGUGUCUGGGCUGGUUUGCUCAGUUCAUGCAAACUGCUUUGCAAAGUAUGGGAAGUCUAGUGGUUUAUGAAUAUUUUAAAUUGUGUCUCGAUUGAAAAAUUGGCUCACACGUUUCCCUAUUAGACUCAUUUGCUGCUGCUGGAAAGUGGGAUUCUAUAAAUGAAAUUUGGGUUCAUACCAACUGAUAAAGCAAAUUGGGAUAUCGAACACUAUGGGCUUCAGUCGGACAGGAUACAAUGAUGGUCUGAAACAGCUUUUAUGCUAGGGGGUAAUUGUAGAGGUGACAAUUGGGUCAUCCGGAUAGGGUUCUGUUCAGGUCAGUUGAUUUGGGUCAAAUUCAGGAGAUGAAGCAAUUAGGUUCCAGAGUUGGAAACACUGUUAUUUGCUCAUUUCUUGCUAAGAGACUGGGGGGGUCAGACACACUGUUAUAUGCCUGAUCUUCUGCAUGAAGUUAUUUGCUCAUUUCCUACUAAGAGACCACCCAGUAAAAAGGAGCAAGGUCUGUUCAUUUGCUACAACAAACCAUCUAGCUGCAGGAACUGCCAACAUACUCCAGAAACAAUUUUCGGCUUUUGAAGUGUGCAGUGCGUUUGCUUCACUACUGUCUGGUAUCUACACAUCAAUUGCAAACGAUAGAGGGUUGUAUGGGACCAAGAAAACGCUGAAAUACAAGGUCAAUUUCUAGAAUCUGGCGAUAAGGAGGUGGUGUCUCGCAAAAAAACAAAUUAUAUUAAGGUGUGUUCUUACAAGUUUUUAUUUUUAUUUUAAAAUUUUUUUUAAAGGUGGUUUUCCUACUAUAGAAAUAAUGAAUAAUUUUGUGAGGUUUCCAGAAAUUUUUUUAGCAUGACUUGCACCCUGAAUUACCCCCACACGUGUGCCUUGCAUGUGUGAGUAUUGCUCAUAAGGGGAUGAACAAACUUUUUAUAAUCCUAAAAUAUAGAUUGGUAAACUCAAUGGAGACAAAUUUAAAAAGAAAAUUAACAAUAAUCUAAGAAUAGUCAUUCAUAUAAACUAAUGGAAACCAAAUCUUGCAAACAUCAAGCUUUACUGCUUUAGUACGUACACCACAAUGUUGAUAGAUUUAUUUUUGGUAUUUAAAGAGCCACAAGGACGGGUGACGAGAAUUAAUCACAUGAUUCCUGAAACCGGGAUGAAAGCUAAUUGAGUUAUCCCUCACUCCACAAUUGUUAUAUGGUACUAUGGUAGUUCACCUUAUUCAUCAUACACAAGAAAGCCUAUUAAAGGAAAUUUUGCAUUAAACCACCUUUUAUAACCACUUUUUUGCAGGAAACCACCUUAUAAAUUUUUUUCGCAAAAACACACCUUAAUCUAUAUUUUUUUUGUAAGGCCACACCUUUUCCCGGAAAAUAGAGUUUGACCUUGUUUUCCGGGGUUGACCUGACCACGUGCUUUGCACAUGACCCCCUAAAACCACUAACCCUCCUUUUUUCCUCUGCCCCAGCCCCCUCCCCCUUCCAGUGGCCGGCAACCACCUCCCUCCUUCGUCGCCGGCGACCGCAUCCCCUCCCUUUCCCAUUCCCGUCCUUAAACCCAACCCUCAAGCCCAACCCAUUCCCAUACCUUCGUGAAGCGCAACAUUCAUGGCGGUUGACGAAUGGCGGAGUGUGGGUUUAGGUUAAUAAAUCGAGCGGCGCUGCUUUAGGUGGAAAAGGAGGAGAGAGAAUUCAUGGGCAGCGCUUUAGGAAAGUAGGUGGUGGUGGAUCUCGGGUUCGGGUGGUUAGGGUGAAGAAAGUGAUGGUGGUUAGGUGGAAGGGGAGGAGAGAGAAUUCGUGGGUUGGGGGAAAGGGAAGGGAGCAGGAUCGCCGGCGCAGGGGUAGGGAGGUGGUUGCCGGCGCCUUUAGCUAGCAGGGUCUGGCAGCGGGUGGGGGAAAUUAGUUGGCUGGGUUUUUGGUUGGCUAUGGAAAGUGGUUGGCCGCCGGAAAAUUGGUUAGUGCGUCCUUUUAGGGUGUCACGUGCGAGACAUGUGGUGGGUCAACCCCGGAAUACAAGGUCAAAGUCUGUUUUCCGGCCAAAGGUGUGAUCUUGCAAAAAAAAUUUAGAUUAAGGUGUGUUUUUGCGAAAAAAAAUUUAUAAGGUGGUUUCCUCUAAAAAUAUGGUUAUAAAAGGUGGUUUAAUGCAAAAUUUCUCCUAUUAAAUUAUAUUGUUUACGUAAUCAUUAUUGAUAUAUGGUACUAAGAUAGUUCACCUUUUUCAUCAUCAUAACAAGAAAGCUUAUUAAAUAACUACCUUUACAUAUUAUUUGCAACGGAGGUAGUAUGUUGUUUACCUAAUUCAUUAUUUAAAUAUAGAUGUAGUAAAACUAGUAAUAUAAUUUGCAGUUUGACCAGGCCCCUUAGAAUUAACCAAGAAGGAUUUAAUAUGGAUGUGAGAGCUCGUAAGAAUAUGACAUCAAGCAAUGCACCAGUUGCUGCAGCGAAGAGAAAAAUCAACCACAGCGUCGGCAACAAACCCAGCCAUUGACACUACCAAAGUGCCAAACUUCAUAAUUGCUGUCGUUUAUUUUUUUUUUGAUAUCAGGAGACUAAAAGAAAGUUACAUAAUGGUAAACGACGUAAAAUUCAAUCUGCACCUAUUCGCUAGAUCAUGAGCUACAUGUACCUGGUAUCUUCCCACUUUUAGGGGUGGCAAAUAGGUCGGGUCGGGUUCAGGUCGACCUGUUUAUAUAAACGGGUCAGAACCCCAAACCUGAACCCGACCUGUUUACAUAAACAGGUCAGAUUUUCGAACCC